AAAGGACGCCACUUGUGCUGUAUUGACGCACUAUGAUCAUUGUCAAUGAUGUUAGGACGGGUUUCUUCGUGUAUGCCAUUUUAUGCGUGGGAUUGAUUAAAGAAUGCAUCGGGACAGAGACCUGCUUUUCCUGUGAUAAUGUCCUUAAUUUCUCUGAAUGUGUAAAGCAGAAGAUGUGUGACCAAGAUGAAACCUGCUACACAUCCGAAGGCAUUGAUGAGAAUGGAGUCGCACGUCACAGCGCAGGAUGUAUGCCAAAUAAGACAUGCGGUGCAUUUGGUGAAAAAUAUCGUACCACCACAACAGAGGAUCCCCUACAAGCGUUUUUUCCCAAUGGUAUACUCAUCGGUCGAAGGUCCACUACUUCCUGUUUCUGGUGCUGCAGCAACAGCGAUAUAGCAAGCCAACCAUGCAACUUCUUCCCUUGUAGCAGAAAAGAUCAUAUCAUAUGCAGCUUUUGUGAUAAUGAGAAGGAGGAAGAUUGCACCUCUGGAACACGAUGUCUCCUAGGCGAGGUGUGUUCUAACUGGAGACAUCAGCGAUACAUAUAUAACGGAGGGAAUGUAUCAAAGUCAACGGAUAUGGUGUAUUCGAAGAGUUGUUCACCUACCCAUAGUUGCAACAACCCUAAUUUUCCGUUACUACCAGAUGAAUGCUGGGAACGUUGUUCUGCUGGGGAGUGCAACACAAAAGCAUGCAAACCGAAGUCAAAACUUUCAGAAGAGUCUUCCCGAAGUGGUCCCCUUUGUUUCAACUGCGACGAAAUAUCGGAUCCACAUCUUUGCGACACCUUUAAACCUUGUGACUAUGGCGAGGUUUGUCAAACUUUAGUCAAGAAGAAGUUUGGUCGCAAUGUUUACAAUUUGACCUGUGGAAAAAAAAUGAAUGCAAUGAAGGAAACGCCAUUCUGGUUGACCAGAGCUUGACUGACAGAUGUACAGAAUGCUGCGAAUCGGAUUAUUGUAACUACGGUUUAUGUGGUAGGAUGAAGAGGACAGUUGGGUUUCUAGCAUCUUUAAAGACAGAUCAGGGACCAGGGAAUCUGGUUUUUGAAAAUACACUCACGAAUAUUGGAAAAGCCUACAACCAAUCUUUCGGGCAGUUCGUCCCGCCGCUAGAUGGCGUAUAUGUCUUCUCCUGGAGCGUGGAUAUCUCUGUACAACCUUUUGCGGCAAUUCUUGUCGUGAAUGGUAAAGAACGUGGUCGAAUCGAGACGCCACCAAACAUCGAUAAGGAAUGUGUUAAUUUCACAAUAUCUUCGUUUGCCAUUUUCAAACUAAAAGCUGGUGAUAGUGUUUACAUAUCUCUGCUACAAGGAAGAGCGAGAAAGAAAUUUUCGAUAUUUUCAGGAUGGCUGUAUGAUGAAUCAGGUAAGAAAUCCGCUCUCUAUAUCUACCGAAAUUGGGAGUGGGAAUAUAAGCGUUUCGAUUAUCCACCUAAUCCAGUCGUGUACUCUGAUAUCAUAGGCGAUAUGUUUUCAUGGAAUGACUCUACAGCUACCCCGACUGUUUCAAAUACAAGUCUCGUUAUCAUAAAUCAACAGUGGAAACUUGAAUCACCUUUACAACUUAUAAAUCCAAACCACUCGUAUUUAUACCAAACGAAACAGGGUUACCUUGGAUUAUUGGAAAUUGCAAAAACGCGUGCAUAUCCAUUCGUCAGCUGUCAGGUAAAUAAGAAAGAUUUGGCAGGAGAUACCGCUAUCUGUACACUGCUCACGAGUAUGAGUCUCAUCCCUGGUUUAUAUUCUCCAAGCACUGGCGCCUUUGUAGCUCCUAUUGCAGGGAUAUACGCAUUUUACUUGGAUAUCCCUUCAAAGAACGGAACAGCAUAUGCUGUGGUUAAUUCAAACGACACGAUCUACAUGAACUUAAAUUGUCCGAAAUGUAAAUUACACGGCGGUUUGACGUCAUUAACGUAUUUCGUACUACAGCUGGACGGAGGCGACCAGGUCGUAAUCAAAUUGCUCUCUGAGAGUACCGUGUACUACGUAGUAUUGGGGGGAUGGCUGGUCUCAGAAUUAUGAUAUUACAUUCACAAAUCACAAUACUUUAUUUGUCAAUAAAAUGGACUAUAUCGAA